UGUUCUAGUGCGCAGGUGAAAUCGCUCCUUCCUUUUCCUCACGCUUUCCUGUGGUAUAGCUGUGUGUCUGCACUGAAUCACUGAACUGAACCUUUUCUGACCUUACUGCCCUGAUUAAGCACCGUGUCCUCACACCAUGACGAAGGAAGAGGUUAAAGGCUCAGCUGAGGAGGAGCAGCAGGAGGCCCAGAGUAAGAAAGCGCUGAAGAAACAGCAGAAGGAAGCGGAGAAAGCAGCCAAGAAGGCUGAGAAGCAGGCCAAGCUGGCAGCUGAUCAGCAGACUACUGAGGAAGAUGACUUUGCACAGGAUCGUUACGGUGUGUGUGUGAUGAUGCAGUCGCAGGAGAAAUUGGACAGGUCUCUGGUGCGGGUGUGUGAGCUGACUCCUGAUAGAGCGGGUCAGACAGUCUGGGUGCGAGCCAGGAUUCACACCAGCAGAGCUAAAGGGAAGCAGUGUUUCUUGGUCCUGCGUCAGCAACAGUUUAAUGUCCAGGCUCUGGUGGCCGUGGGAGAACGCGCCAGCAAGCAGAUGGUGAAAUUCGCCGCUAAUAUUACGAAGGAGAGUAUAGUGGAUGUGGAGGCGGUGGUGCAGAAAGUGGAGCAGAAGAUUGAGAGUUGUUCUCAGCAGGAUGUGGAGCUGCACAUCCAGAGGCUGUUUGUGGUGAGUCAGGCUGAGCCUCGAUUGCCUCUGCAGUUGGAGGAUGCUGUGAGGCCUGAAGCAGAGGGUGAGGAGGAGGGCAGAGCCACAGUGAACCAGGACACCAGACUGGAUAACCGUGUUAUUGACCUGAGGACGACGACGAGUCAGGCGAUUUUCCGUCUGCAGUCUGGAGUGUGUCAGCUCUUCAGAGACACACUCACCAAGAAGGGCUUCAUCGAGAUCCAGACGCCUAAAAUCAUCUCGGCUGCGAGUGAAGGAGGUGCGAAUGUCUUCACCGUGUCCUAUUUUAAGACCAGUGCGUACCUGGCUCAGUCUCCUCAGCUCUACAAGCAGAUGUGCAUCUGUGCCGACUUCGACAAGGUCUUCUGUGUCGGACCAGUGUUCAGAGCGGAGGACUCAAACACUCAUCGUCACCUGACGGAGUUUGUUGGUCUGGACAUUGAGAUGGCGUUUAAUUAUCACUACCACGAGGUCAUCAACUCCAUCACCGACACCAUGGUGCAGAUCUUCAAAGGACUCAGGGACAAUUUCCAGACGGAGAUCCAGACGGUGUGUAAGCAGUACCCCAGUGAGCCGUUUAAGUUCCUGGAGCCGACUCUGAGGUUGGAGUUUACGGAGGCCGUGGCUCUGCUGCGCUCAGCUGGAGUGGAGAUGGGGGACGAGGAGGAUCUCAGCACACCAAAUGAGAAGCUGCUUGGUCGCCUCGUCAAAGAGAAGUAUGAUACAGAUUUCUACGUCCUGGAUAAAUAUCCUCUGGCGGUGCGGCCGUUCUACACCAUGCCUGAUCCACAUGACCCGAAAUACUCCAACUCCUACGACAUGUUCAUGAGAGGAGAGGAGAUCCUGUCCGGAGCUCAGAGAGUCCACGACGCUCAGCUGCUCACUGAGAGAGCGCUCCAUCACGGCAUCGACUUGGAGAAGAUUAAAGCCUACAUUGACUCGUUCCGUUACGGAGCUCCGCCCCAUGCUGGAGGAGGAAUCGGUCUGGAGCGAGUCACCAUGCUGUACCUCGGCCUACACAACGUGCGUCAGACCUCCAUGUUCCCCCGUGACCCCAAGCGCCUGACACCCUAAAGGUCAAAGGCGAUGCUCCCUGGCUGACCUCAAACACACACACACAGGGAACAGGAAGGGUAUUUUCAUAAUUAAACAAUAAUAAUAAUUAAAAGCCAGCUAAUUUUGUAACAUUUGAUACUGACGUGUACGAUGAGGUCAGUCCUGACUAAUGGAGGGAUGAAGUGAACAUUAAAUAACUUUAAUCUGUGCUCUAAUGAUGGUGAAGCGGUGGGUACGGCCGCAUCUCAAACCACACACUACUGUACUGAAUAGUGUGUGAAAGUAUUACAGCAGUGUUGUUUUUGUUUUCAGUCCUGUGGGCUGUAAUUUGGGCUAAAGUCAAGUGAUAAAUAUUUAUCUAGAGUUUACUGGGUUAGUAUGUGAUUUGGGACGCAGCCCUGGACUUAUUAAGAAAUAGUGUGCUUAAUAACAUGCCACUCUGUACUAAGUACUAGUAUACGACAUUUACAACACACACACUCUGUAGUGCACUAGACUGUGGAUUGAGAUGUGUCCCAGGUCUUAUUCUAACUAAUAUACAUUUUCAGUUCAGAUAAAUUGUUUAUUUUUUUCCUACUGAAGUCAUUCUUGCUAGCUGGCACAUGCAGCUAGUGCACUAACUAGGGCACAGUGAGUGACCCGGUCACUUCACUCUGUUGCUCUUAGUGAUGAAGAGGAGUUUUAAACACAUCAACAUUACAGCAGUGUAAUAAAUAAAUAAAUACAUGAAUUAAUAAAG